AUGCCUCCUUCAACUGUGGAGCGAUGCACGGACAAAGAAGACUCGCUGCAAAACUGCAAACGAAAGAAGCGACGCGCUCCAAGAUUGACAGGGGUUAGCAAACAGAGAAGAAAAGCAAAUGCACGGGAAAGAGAUCGAGUGAACAUCCUGAAUAACUACAUUCAAAUUCUACGAACUCUAAUUCCUCAAACACAGAACAAUUACAGGGUUACCAAGUUUGAUGUCAUAGUAGGUGCUACUUCGUACAUCUCGCAGCUUUCUUCCAUUUUAAAGGAACAAGGAGUUUUGGUUGGCAAACGGAUCGUAGACACCAAAGACCCUGAAACUGGGUUAUCCUCUCUAGAAAAAAUGGAAACGUGA